UUUGUCUACUCCGCUUCUCCUCUCCUUUCCUUUUCCUCUCCUUCAUUUUCUCUCUAUAUCUGGUCACGAAUAUCAACUGAUGGAAGAAGAAGAUCGGCUAAAAAGCGAAAAUAUCCAACAAGCAAACCUUAUAAAGGAGCUUGAGGAGGAGGAACAAGCACACCGAGAUUUGAUCAAUGUCUAUGAAAAGCAAUAUAAGGACAAUGCUGAAAAGAUUGCGGAGUAUGAAAAAUACUUCGUAGAACUUCUUAAAGACAAACCGCAAGAGGGAAUAGCUGUAAAACUCAUGGGUAGUCUGCCGAAAAUCUGGAAUUUCACAGAGGGCAGACUUGCAACAGCUAAAGAAUGUUGCAAGUCUGUAAAGCGAGUGUUAAGGGUGCAAGAAAUUAAGGAGCAUAGAUAUAAUGAACGGUUGGGCUAUAAAGCUAUACAGGCACAUCUACAACUAGAUAACAUGUCUUUAUUCCUCGCUUUACUAGGAGAUAUCGCAGUUGAGAAUAUGGCUAGGCUCGUCUUCCGUGCAGUUCUUGAAGGAGGAAAAGACAAUGUUAGAGGAGCUAUAUCAAGGCAUUGUGCAUUUUUUAAGACGAUAAAGGAAGCAGACGCUGCUGCAUUUCAAAGUGGACUGUUCCAAGAAUUGGAGGAAACGUGGCUCUUGGGUUCCUUCAAGGAUGAUAGACACAUGUAUGAUACAGUAUAUCUGUUGUGCUUAGAUAAAAUCAUAAAUCAAGCUAGUGUCGUUGGCUGGUUUAAUGUGUUGGAUGAAGAUUUUGUCAGUGUGCUUGGACCAAUCGUGGAUGAGAUUGAGAAGGAGCUUGAACGAAAUCGUUGUUCUGGUGGCGUUAAUUAACAGUCGGACGCUGGCAAUUUCAACGUAGGUGGCAAAGACGAUGAGAAUGUUCACCAACCUCUGCUUUCUAUCCAGAUCUAUAUAUUCUGUUUUAGUUUUGUUCCAAUUUGCAGUUCAUGUGCAAGUUGUUUACUUCCGUGCUCUUCUUCUUUCCAAUUGUUACUGCAAUUCCUUUUGCGUUCC